AUGCAUCUGGUGAUAUCUCUUCUCCUACUCACCAUCCACUAUACACAUGGAGAACCGAUGGUCUCUGAAAUCACACCAAAUUGUGGCAGUCUGAAUGGAGCAACAAUACUUACCAUCAAGGGGCAAGGUUUUGCAUAUGCUAGCCAGUUUAAUUUUGGAGAUGGAAAUACCCAUCUGGGGAACAGUGUCCAGCUUGUCUCCUCCACCCGUUCAAUCCCCUGUGAUGUGGAGAAAGAUGCCAGUCAUGCAAAACAAAUAACUUGCUACACCAGGCCUAUGCCAGCAGAUUACUACAUGGUGAGAGUGAGUGUAGAUGGAGUACCUGUUGACAUCCGCAACAUGUGCAGUGGUUACUUCUAUUGGUGGUGGUGGUAUCCAGGAUGUAGGUUCCAGACUGAUCAGUACUAUACCCCUAUUAUUGAUAGCAUUUCACCUUUAACUGGACCACCAGGUUCCAUGAUCACCAUUGUUGGCAAAGUCAUUACUGAUGUCUAUGGCAGUAAUGCUGCUUUGAGCCCCAAUGGGAGAAAAGUCAGGGUGCUAAGGGCUUAUGCCGGAGGAAUGCCAUGUUUGCUGCUAAAACCCAAUUCUGAUAAACUGUACGGAUUACAACUGAACUAUCAAUAUAGUGACUAUGGUUCCAUUAUAUGCCUCAGUACUGGCACCUAUAUUGGCCAUCACAAUAUCAGCUUCAUUUUGGAUGACCGUUAUGGACAGAGUUUACCAAGUAUCUCCACAUACUAUGUGUCUGCCCUCAAUAAAAUCAGUAUGUUCCAGACCUACGCAGUGGUAAACAGGAUUUUCCCAGCUUCUGGAAGCGUGCAAGGAGGCACAGUGAUUACAAUCAAAGGAUGGUUCUUCGAUGAGACUGACUUUCCAGCCAGAGUCCUUGUAGGAGGUCAGGAAUGUCAAGUUCUCAGUCUAAAUGAUACAACAAUCCUUUGCAUGGCACCGCCAAAGCCACAUGUGCUUCCUUUGCUCUUUCCAGGAGGCCGAGGGCUGAAGAUGGAAAGGUGGAAUGGCAGUUUUAACCUGGAUAACGCUUUGAAUUUCAAUGAAAAUUCCACUGGCUAUGCCGGUACCACCUGGCUUGAUGGAGCUUCCAAGUCCUGGCCUACAGAAAACUCUCCUUUUAUUGCUCGGUUGACUGGCUUCUUUGUACCCCCAGAGACAGAUUACUACAACCUGUAUAUUAGGGGAGAUGAGAACUAUAUGCUAUACUUCAAUGAAACGGGAGACCCAGCAGGAAAGGUGAACGUGGCCUCUGGUAUCUGGUCAUCUUACUGGUAUGCCCCUCAGAAAUCACAGACUUUCUUCCUGCAAAAGGGGAAACCUUGUUACAUUGAAGCCUACAUCCAGAAUUACUACGGUUCUGCAAACCUUGAUGUGGGUCUGUACCAAUACAAAAGCUCAUACACCAACCAACAAAUCCCUGAUGCAGUGCAAGAAAUCCAGAACAUACAGGCUCAAGCUGAUACAGUUCUGGAGCAGCAGGUUAUCACAUUAUUAAAUUGGAACACAACCCAACAAGCAGUAGAAGAAGUUCAGACAAUUACAGUGACCAAAGAUUGUACUGAUUCAUGUUCAGACAUGUAUUACAAACUCAUCUUGGGAGCAGAUGAAACAGGUCUGUUGUCAGCUGAUGCAAGCGAAGAAGAUGUUCAAUUGGCUUUAAAUAAUCUGCUGUCUAUACAGCCAGAUACAGUCAGUGUGGUUAAGGAAACGACUGACACCCAAAAUGUGUAUACAGUGACCUUCAAUUCUACAAGAGGAGAAUUCCCGUUACUAUCAUAUGAGAUUGUGUAUGGAAACAAUAUGACUGUGGAUAUUGAAGAGCAAACAAAAGGUGUCCCAGACAUGGAAACCUUCACGUUGGUGUGGGACGGUGUUUAUUCCAAAGCUCUUUCCGUAGAUGCAUUAGCUGCAGAGGUGCGAUCAGCUAUAUUUGACAUGCUUGGCGCCCAAUGUGCGGAUGUAAUUGGCAAUCAAAAGGAAGGCUUCUCCGUCAAGUACUUCAGGAACUAUGACUCUGGAUUCUCCUUGGUAAAUCAACAUAAUUUGUGGUACAGGGGCUAUGUGACGACUGAGACUGAGCCAUACUGUGGACAAUAUUCCUUGAAGAAUCCUUAUUAUUUGUAUGAUUCAUCAGAAUGGAAACCAUCAACCCAAACGUACUAUGGACCCAUUUCAUUAGAGUCACAUAGACAGAUGGCUGAUUUUUUUUUUUUGUUUGUGUCUUACUUUCAGCUUUGCCUUGCUUACAAAGGGAACUUCGUAAAUCAAAUUCAAAUAUAUUUUCAAUAUCAAGACAUUAACUCCCCUGGAACGGUUUCCAGCAUAAGUGAUCAAUUUCCCUAUGAGAUGGCUCAGGGGUACAGGUAUGUUUGUAUUUAUUUAUUGGCAUAUGAAGCAGUGACUCCUGCUUGUGUACUCUGGACAUACACGUGCAUCAACUUAUUGGAACUUAUAGAAUCAAAGUACUCUGGAAAAAACUUCAACCUGCUUACUAUCCGCUUAAUUGCAAACCAAGAUUUCUAUGUUGAUGUCUUGUACAUUGGAGAAGAGGUGACAACAAGUGACGUCUCUGGUAAAACCCUUUCCUCUUUCUUUUGUCACAGGCAAAGACCGGCCUUAUCCGAAAGUGGGAUUAAGAUCAGUAGCAUUGAUGUGACCAGCACGAUUAGUACAUCUGUAACCCAGCAUACCAUCACUAUAACACCAUACAACUGCGGGUACAAUUUCCCGCUCUUUGCUGUAGGAUUUGCUGAGGGCAUUCAGAACAAUGCUGAUUCAGCCAUCUAUCGCGCAUCAACCUGGACUGAAGGGACAUCAAUAAGAAUCAACAGAACUAAAACAGCUUCUCCACCUAUUGGGGGAACAUUCAGUAUUGUGGGUUAUGGGAAGGAGAUUCCAGAUCUUCCUGUAGACAUAUCAGCAAUGAAGCUAAAGUGUGCCCUAGAAACUAUUCCAGAAAAUGGUCAGGUUACUGUUUCAUCAUCAUAUCGAGACUGCAGACGAUACUCCUGGCAGAUUCAUUUUGUGACAGCUACAGGCUCUCAGCCUCUUAUACAGAUAAACAACUCGACUGUUACUGGAUUAAACGCUAAAAUGUACUCCAUAAAAUUGGUCGAAGGAGGCCUGCUGCGUCAACGUAUGCUUGGAGACUUUGUGAGGACACCACAUAAAAAACCUCAGGUUGAAGUCUACAUCAAUGGAAUACCAUCCCGAUGUACCGGAGACUGUGGUUACAACUGGAAUGUGAAGGAAACUCCAGAGAUAAGCUCUAUUAGUACAGAGUGGAAUGGAAAUGAUGAAGUCCUUAUAAUAAAUGGAACUGGAUUCUCAAACAGUACUGGCAAUGAUACAACUUCUAUUACUAUUGGCAACAUUACUUGCCCCAUACUUAGUAUUACCGCCAAGGAGAUCAGAUGUCUGGUACAAAAGGCAAGUGCGGGGACCUUCCCGAUCACAGUGUACAUCGCAGGGGUUGGGCUGCCUACAUUUUCUGGUGGAAACUUGACCCUUACCCAAGAACUGUCUGUUUUAUCUAUUACACCAUCAACGGGAAGCUCAGCAGGGGGCACACUGGUCACAAUUCACGGCAGGGGAUUUGGCGGUGACUCAGCGGUAAAAAUUGGUAGCAAUGUCUGCGCUAUUAACUUCAUCAACCUGACUAUGAUUCAGUGCAGGACUUCAGUGGGAUCUGCUGGACUCACUGAUGUUGUUGUUUUUACCGGUGGCUUUAAUAGCACUUUACAGAAUGCAUUUGAAUUAACUUCGGACUUUGCUCCAACUAUAACUGGAAUCAGCCCAAACAUCAGCAGUGUUCUAGGUAACACAACACUGACUAUUUUAGGAUCAGACUUUAGCAAUGGAUCAGCAGACAGUGCUGUAUUCAUCGGAAAAUCAUCUUGUGAACAGAUAGAGUGGACACCGACAAGCAUUACAUGUGUCCUUCCUGCUCUUCCUCCUGGGACCUACCCAGUCCUGGUCCAUGUGGCCAAUUGGGGAUAUGCAGUUUCCAGCAUUGAGGCGUCAAUAAAGUACAUUCUAAAUGUGAACAGCAUCUCUCCAAAGUAUGGAUCUGUGUAUGGAGGAUCUCAUGUCACAUUGAGAGGAUCCGGAUUCAGUUCUAACCCACAAGAUAUUCUUGUACAAAUAGGCUCUCUCCCAUGCAAUGUCUCUGUUAGUUCAGCCACUGAGUUGACCUGUGUGAUACAGAGACCUGGAAAAAUCUUCACGGUCACCAACGAAGGAAGCAAUACACAAUACGGUGCUGGCUAUGCUUGGUCUCCAUCAAGGCUGGAUAUAUCUGUAGGUGACACUGUAGUCUGGACAUGGAACUCUCAGCCCUUAAUAACGGGUAUGGGAUAUAGCGUAUAUUCAGUGUCAGAUCCUGACAACCUUACCUAUGAUGGCAAUGCCUUCAAUAGUGGACCUCGAGUGCCUUCAGGUGUCUUUUCCUACAAGUUCACAUCUCCAGGAACCUAUUACUACAGCAGUGGCUACAUCAUUUAUGCACCGCCAUUAUACGCACAGGGGGUGGUCUAUGUCUCUCCACUCAAGGAAACCAUCAGUGCAGUACAGGUGACAGUUGGAGGAUUUGAGCCUGAUAAUGUACCAGUUCCCCUUUCACCUUCACCAGCUGCUGACUGUGCCGCUCCAGAACCUAGUUGUCCACAGCUAGAUAAUAGUACGUCACCUAAUAAUUCCAUCUGGUUUGGGUACUCCAACUGUCACUCACCUUCCAUUACCAGCAUUACACCGACCUAUGGAACAAUUAAUGACCCAAUAACCAUACUGGGAUCUGGCUUCAGCAACGUCACAUGUGCUAACCAGGUUUCAGUUGGAAAGUACCCAUGCAAAGUCCUGUCUGCUGAUCAAACUUCAAUAACCUGCGAGAUAGAUCCUCAGGACUCCAUGAAUAUUGGAAUUGCAGAACUUGUAUAUUUAACAGUGAACAAUUAUGGGAACGCUAUCAGUGCUAUAAACCAAGAGAUGAACAGAAGAUUUGCCUUGUUGCCUCACAUCGAUUCCAUCAUACCGAACAAUGGCUUUGUUUCCGGACGUACAAGAAUAACCAUAGUUGGAUCUGGUUUCUCAAACAACAACGCCACCGCCAUAACAGGCUUGGGCUGCAACAUUGUGUCAAUGAAUUACACAAACAUUGUUUGUGACACCCAAGCCAGUUACGCUCACACUGUUAAUGUCCAGGUGACAGUCAAUGGAAUUACGGCAUUGUGCAAAGGAAGCUGUAACUUCUUCUAUACCAACUCAAUCACAGUGGUUGCAUCAAGCAUUUCCCCAACUGUAGUACGCAACACUUCGACCGUGUUGAACAUUUAUGGCAGUGGAUUUGGAGCAGACAUUAACGACAUAGCAGUUUAUAUUGGAGAUAGUGUGGCAGCCAUUGUGGUAGAUGUCAAUGACACGCAAAUUAAAUGCAGUGUAGAUCCAAUUCCUGCUGGUACCUAUGUAGUCAAAGUUAUUGUCCUAAGCAAAGGCUUGGCCCAAGGCUCCUUGACCAUAAACAGUCCUGCUGAAAUCGUACUCCUGAUACCAUCUGGAAGUGUUCUAGGUGGAACAGUUUUGCAGAUAGAAGGGAAUGGAUUUCCCCCAAUGAAUACUACGGUGCAAGUUGAUGGCAUCCCAUGUUUUAUUCUGUCAGUAACCCCCGGCAGGAUUCAGUGUGUUACUCCUGCAAGCUCAGCUGCCAAGAUUGCCACAGUAAACAUUUACAUACCAUCUGCAUCGUACCCAUCACUCAGAUAUACCUAUUCAGAGGCGGACACCCCUACAGUAACGUCAAUUUCUCCCAGCACAGGACCAUCAGGAACCACCAUCUCUGUUUUUGGUACACAGUUUGGUUCUGAUGCCACAAAUGUUUCAGUGACUAUUGGUAAUACCACAUGUGUCAUCACCUUCAUAUCAGAUACUUUACUAAACUGCACAGUGACAGACCACUGGGGAGGAACAUUCCCAAUAUUACUACAGAAUAAGAAAGGCUUUGCAAGAUCCAGUGCAACAUUUACAUAUGAACUGAGUAUGACCAGCAUCUCUCCAAACCAAGGAAGCUUUGGUGGUGGAUUGAUUCUCACUAUUGCUGGCUCUGGGUUUGAUGGGACGCUAUCCAAGGUGCUGAUCUGCAACUCUGAGUGCAAAAUAGACCAAAUGAGAUCUAAUGCAAGUUUCCUUCUCUGUGAAUUGCCUUUGAAUAAUGCAACAAACGUUACUUCUCAGAUCUGUAAUGUUGGUGUCAUUAACGCAAACUAUGGUGUCUGGAUCAACAACUCCUUCACCUACUCUACUGCACUAACCCCUCUUAUAUAUGAUGUCACACCUAAGAGAGGAGGAACCGCUGGGGGAACCAGACUUACCAUCUCCGGAUCUCUGUUUGGCAAUGAUGCCUCACAGAUCACUGUCACAAUUGCACAGUCCCCGUGCAUUGUUCAAUCCGCUAACAGCACACAGAUUGUUUGCAUUACCACAGCCCAUUCCUCCUCACAGAAAGCCAAGGUCCGGGUGAACAUCGAAGGCCAAGGAGUAGCUCUAAUGGACAAUGCUGACUUUUUCUACAUUGAUGUUUGGUCCUCUAAAUAUACCUGGGGAGGGGAAUCACCCCCAGAUGAAGGUUCAAUGGCUGUCAUCACUGAGGGACAGACUAUUCUACUGGACCAAAGCACUCCAGUGCUGAAGAUGCUGCUGAUUCAAGGAGGAACUUUGGUUUUUGAUGAAGCUAACAUUGAGCUCCGGGCUGAGAAUAUUCUAAUUACAGAUAACGGUGUUAUGCAGGUUGGAACUGAGGCUGCCCCAUUCCAGCACAAAGCUAUCAUCACUUUGCAUGGACAUAUACGCUCCCCAGAGCUACCUUUGUACGGGGCAAAAACACUGGCAGUCAGGCAAGGAACUUUGGAUCUUCACGGUAUUCCAGUGCCAGUAACUUGGACCUAUCUAGCGCAGACUGCAGAGGCUGGAAGCUCUACUCUGUUUCUACAGCAAAGUGUGACUUGGAAAGCUGGGGAUGAAAUUGUGAUCGCUUCAACUGGAGACAGGAAUAGUCAAAUGCAGAAUGAAAAGAUGACUAUACAAUCUGUGUCUGCUGAUGGCAAAAACCUGACUCUAAGUCAGCCACUGGUGUACCAGCACUUAGGCAUAUCAGUCACCUUGCCCGAUGGAACAGUCUUUGAAGCUAGAGCUGAAGUUGGCCUUCUUACAAGAAACAUUGUGGUUAGAGGUUUCACCAAUACAGAAUGGAGUGACACAAUUCCAGCCUGUCCAGAUGGAUUUGAUACAGGUGAAUUUGCUACACAAACAUGUUUCCAGGGAAGGUUUGGAGAGACAAUAGGAAGUGAUCAAUUUGGCGGAUGUAUAAUGUUUCAUGCACCAGAGCCUGACAAGCUGCAGUCCAUUGGAAGAAUAGAAUAUGUGGAGGUUUUCAAUGCAGGUCAAGCUUUCCGGUUGGGACGUUAUCCUAUUCACUGGCAUUUAAUGGGUGAUGUCCAGUAUAAGUCAUAUGUACGGGGCUGUGGAAUCCACCAGACCUACAAUAGAGCAGUAACUAUCCACAAUACUCACCAUCUUCUUGUUGAACACAACGUCAUUUAUGAUAUCAUGGGAGGAGCCUUCUUCAUUGAGGAUGGCAUAGAACAUGGUAAUGUGCUUCAGUACAAUCUGGCAGUAUUUGUCCAGCAAAGUACCAGUCUACAGAACAAUGACAUCACACCAGCAGCAUAUUGGGUAACAAAUCCCAACAACACCAUUAGGCACAAUGCAGCUGCUGGUGGCACACAUUUUGGUUUUUGGUAUAGAAUGAACGACCACCCAGAUGGUCUAUCCUAUGACCCGAACAUUUGCCUGAAACGAGUGCCACUUGGUGAAUUCUACAACAACACUGUCCAUUCUCAGGGGUGGUUUGGCAUCUGGAUAUUUGAAGAGUAUUUUCCCAUGGAAACCGGAUCUUGCAGUUCUUCUACACCAUCUCCUGCUGUUUUUAAAUCAUUGACCACAUGGAACUGUCAGAAAGGGGCUGAAUGGGUAAAUGGGGGGGCUCUUCAGUUUCAUAACUUCACCAUGGUAAACAAUGAAGAUGCUGGCAUAGAAACAAAGAGAGUCAUUUCAUCUUAUGUCGGUGAAUGGGGUGAGACCUAUGGAGCUGUCCUUAAGAAUUCCAUCAUUGUGGGCCAUCUGGAUGAACUAGGACUUGGCUCUAGUUAUUGCACAACUAGGGGCAUAACUCUACCAAUUGAUGAAGGACUGACAGUAUCAUCAGUCAAGUUUAUUAAUUUUGACAGACCAAACUGUACAGCGAUUGCAGUGACAUCAGUUACUGAACUGUGCAGUGACAGGUGUGGAGGAUGGAGUGCAAGGUUUAAUGGAAUAGAAUAUUUUAAUGUACCCAACAAGGCUGGAUUCCGGUGGGAACAUGAAGUUGUUUUAACUGAUAUGGAUGGAACUCUUACAGGAAUUACAGGAGGAAAGGUGGUACCAGCAAGCGGGUUGCUUGACCCAUCACAGUGUAGUCAACAUAGUGAUUGGAGUGCUGGUUUCCCUGGUUCUGUCUGCAAUGCCACCAUCAGUUUCCACCGACUGGCAUUCAAUAACCCAUCUCCAUCCUCCCUUUUUUGGAAAGAUGUCAUUAUUUCCAACUCCUUUGGUCUCACUGUUGUUCCCUGCUUAUCUAAACGUUUAACUCACCCGAAUGGAUGGAUGGCCUUGCUGCCUAAUACUAAUAGCUUAAAUUGGUAUUUCAGUAAUGUGGAUUUCCUCACAAAUAUUGCAUACACUGCCACUUUCUAUGGAUUUAAGAGUGAGGACUAUGUGAUGAUAUCACACAACCUAACUCAGGAGCCAGAUAUGUUUCAAAUAAUUGAUGUACGUAAUGGGUCCAUGCAGCCUCUGACCUACGACAACAAUACUAAUGGAGACUGGUACUUCAAUGAAAACACAACUACACUAACCUACCUUGUGUCCGGAAAACACAAGCUCCACAGACGUGCAGUGGCAGGAAUGCUGGAUACAACUAUGUCCAACAAAGAUGUGAACUUGGUGGUCUAUCAGUGCUACUACAAAAAAUGUAUCCCUCCUCCUCCCCCUGUUUGGACUACUAGAUCCAUCAGACAAACAUCUCUAGAAAACAAUGAUAAUGUUCUGAAAAAUGGAUCAACCGUCAUUAUUCCUGCAGGCAAGUGGAUUAUAGCAGAAAUAGACUUCCUCUAUGUGGAUAAACUUAUCAUUUAUGGUGUUUUGGAGUUAAGAAAUGUCACAGACAACUCAACAGUGGGAUCAGCACCCUCCUUUAAAACAUCGGUCCUGAGUGCCAACUAUAUAUCUAUACAGGGUGGAAUGUUAAUAGCAGGAACAGAGACUGACCCAUUUCAAGGAGAACUACGUAUUGUAUUAAGAGGAAGCCAUUCAACUCCAGAAUUACCAUUGCCAAAUGGACCAAAUCAGGGAUCAAAAGUUCUAGGUGUAUUUGGAGAACUUGAUCUUCAUGGACUUCCACGUGUUGUAUAUAGGACUAAGCUGGCAAAUACGGCACCAGCUGGAUCGAAAUAUAUCAUCCUAGCAGAGCCUGUGGACUGGCAGGUCGGUGAGGAUAUCCUCAUCACCACCACCAGUUACAGUGCCUGGCAGACGGAAACCAGGAGGAUUAUUGAUGUGUCACCUGACCAGAGAAACCUCACUUUAAAUGUCUCUCUCACUUUUACUCAUACAGCAAACACCUAUCAAGUCCCCAACACAAACCUGACCUACACUCUGGCAGCUGAUGUGGCUCUACUCACUAGAAACAUCAAGAUCAUUGGGGAGGAUUACCCAGGCUGGUCCAGUGAAUCGUUCGGAGCUCGUGUUCUUGUGGGCACAUUUUCAGCCAAUGGGAUGGUCUAUAAGGGAAAUGCAAGAAUAUCAAAUGUGGAAUUCUACCACAGUGGUCAGGAAGGUUACAGAGACCCCACAGACCCCCGCUAUUCCUUGGCUUUCCUCAACCUUGGAGAGGUAUUACCUAAUAAAUCCUAUGUCAAGGGAUGUGCCUUCCAUAAUGGAUUCUCCCCAGCAAUUGGAGUUUUCUACACAAAUGGACUUAAUAUUGAUGACAAUGUUAUUCAUUUCACUGUUGGAGAAGGAAUUAGAGUGUUGGGAGAUCGGGUGAAUGUGAGAGGAAAUCUUGUGGCCCUUUCUGUCUGGCCUGGUACAUAUCAAAAUAGAAUGGAGACAACUAACACCUUGUGGCAUGCGGGAAUAGCGAUUAAUGAAGGCAGCCACAUUGUACUACAGAAUAAUACAGUGGCGGGAUUUGAACGAGCAGCAUAUCAAAUUAAUGGUGAACCUUGUUCAGGUUUCUCUAAUCCUAGUCCAGCAUGGUACAAUAAUGAAGCUUAUGGUGGGUUAUAUGGCAUCUACAUGAAUGCAGAUGGCCUUCCAGUGUGUUCACGUGUGAGAGGGUUUUUGAUAUGGAAAUGCUGGGAUUAUGGAAUCUACACUCAGACCGUCUCCUCAUUGCAGAUCUCUGAUGUGAUCCUGGCAGACAAUGGAAUGGGUAUACUUUCUAUAGUCUACACUCCUCCUUCAGUUUCUCACGUAAUCUCCAAUAAGACUGUUCAGAUCACGAAUUCGCUGCUUGUUGGAAGCAGUCCCAACUUUGAUUGCACUGAUAUUCUCACAGAUAGUGACCCCAACAUCAAACUUUCUGGCCAACAUCGCAGUCGCAGACCUCCGACAGGAGGCAGAAGUGGCAUCUGCUGGCCAACCUUUGCCUCUGGUCAUAACUCGGCCCCAGGAAAGCCGAUGGCAGGAUUAUCGAACUACAAUGCAAUCAGUGGACUAAUGACUGUGGAAGAUACAAUAUUUGUGAGUUAUAAAAAUGUGUGCUCUGGAGAGGCCAAUGUGAUGUUCAUGACCAACCCUGAAAAUGAAGACUUGCAGCACCCCAUAGAGGUCUCCAGACUGGUGCUAGUGGACAGUACGGAGGACCAGAAAGUCUUCAUCCACCGACCAGAUGUGAAAAAAGCUAACCCAUCAGACUGUGUGGAUAUGACCUGUGAUGCAAAGAGGAAGACCCUCUUGAAAGAUCUUGAUGGUUCCUUCUUGGGGAACAUAGGUGCCAUAGUACCACAGUCAGAAUGGCAGUGGAAUGGAGACAAGAGACAGGGACUUGGAGAUUACCGAAUUCCAAAAGUGAUGCUGACCAGUCUCAACGGAAGCCGGAUACCAGUAUCACAGGUGGCUCCCAAUAAAGGAAUCAUCAGAGAUAGUACCUGUGUGUACAGACCAUCCUGGGAGGCCUACAAGUGUUUUGGAUUGAAUUAUGAGAUGCUUGCCAUCGAGAGUCUGGACGCAGAUACAGAGAAAAGGCGACUUUCCCCAGUAGCUGUGUUGGGAGAUGGCUAUUUAGAUCUUAUUAAUGGGCCCCAAGACCACGGCUGGUGCAGUGGAUCUACCUGUCAAAAAAGAGUUUCUUUGUUUCACUCCAUAGUGGCAACAAACAAGUCAUUUGAUAUCUAUUUCACAAGCACCAGUCCCCAGAGCAUGCGCCUUAAGCUGCUCAACACAGACGACUCCAAAUCUGUUCUUGUUGGAAUCUACUUCUCAAAUCCCCAGCGUCUGGAUGUUUAUGUGAACAAUGUCUAUAUAAACCCAACUAAUAUAGAAUGGAAGGGAUCUUCUGAUUUCACUCUCAAAGAGCCAACCUACCAAGGUCAGUAUAUGCCACAGCUGAACUCUUCUGUGCUUGGAGAAAACUUCUUCGACAGAGACUACAACAUGCUGUAUAUCCUGGUCCGAGGAUCCUCCCCAGUGGAAAUACGCACAUCUCCCCUUAUUGUUAUUGCCUUUAAUUUGCCCGCAAUGACAGUGGACCAAUUUUAUGGACCGAACCUCGUGAAGAACCUGGCAGCCUUCCUGAAGAUUCCUGCCAGCAAAAUUCGGAUCACAAAGAUCAUUCCGGAGGGAUCCAGACGAAGGAAGAGAGCAGCAGGGGGGCUCAGUGUCUCUGUGGAAAUCUCAGAUCCACCUGCAGAACAGAUAAACUCAACUUCCAGCAACUCCACAGGUGAUCUCUCAUACUCGGAUUUCCAGUCAAUGAGUCAGAACCUCGCAUCAGCUGCAAUCAAUGGAAGUCUCAGCAGUUACCUGAAUGUCACUGUUUCUUCACUGUCAGUGUCCACUCCUGUGCCACCUCCGACUGACGCAGCCUGGAGCCAGGUGGCAGAGCAACCUGUUGAGAGCAGGAACCAGUCAUCAUCUACUGGAAACUAUCUGGCUACAGUAUCCUCGCUGAAAGUAAUCCGUGAACCUGUGGCUGGAUUGCAUGGACAGGUGCUGUCACAACAACCAUCUAUAAUGGCCGUAGAUUCCAAAGGAAAUUGUGUUUCUGUGAGCAGCAGUUCAUUAUCACUAACAGCAAGACUGAAAUAUGCAAAUAACACCUACGCCAGCAAUGGACUGACAGGGAACACUACCAUAUUGUUUGACAGCUGCUGGGCCAACUACACCGACCUUGUUCUCAACCUACCAGGUAAGGGAUACAGGCUGGAAUUUGAACUGAACAAUGUCUUCGCUCAGACCAGAUCAUUCGAUGCCAAAACUUCCUCAUCAACAACUGCUCCGCAAGCAACUGCUCCACCAAUUGUGGUACCCAAUAAUGGCGAUUCAGCCGUCUACAGCCCCUUCCAGAAGCUGCUGACACUGAUGGUCACACUGAUUACCACCAAUCUGUUUAUGGGCAGUCUUUAAGACAUAUUAUAUCACUGAUCAGUUGGAUCAUCAAGGAUAACGAAAAAUGGCUGAAAUUUAAAGAAGAUACUUUUCCGUGUGUUAUAAAUCAACAAUAUCAAAAUUUAUGUGUGCUGUUAAGACAUUUAAUAUAAACAAUCUGUAUAUUUAAAAAUUAUAAAGAAAAUUGCUUCAUAAAUCAGCUUUAUAAAGAAAAUAGCUUUAUCAAUCAUAUAGUUUAUGCACAGCAGGCUGACAAUGAAAGUAAGGCCUCAUGCACAAGGGCAUCAAAAACACCACUUUUAAGGGCGUUUGAGUUUUUUUUCUGUCUCUAAGGCCGCGUACACACGGUC